UUCCCCAAACUUGAGUUAUUGGAGUUGAGCAAAUCACUGGGUUAAUGUGACGUUGGGGCUUGGAUCCGUGGCGCAUAUUAACAACAGAGUAACCCUCGAAGUUAGGAAUAUUUAUUUUAAAGCAUUUAUUAAGUAUGAAGUACAGGAAUGGAGAGAUGGACUGGCGGUGGUUAGUUUUCACACUGUUCUUGAACUUUCAGUUCACUUACGGGUCUCCCUCCUUUUAUGACUUGUUCCAAAACUAUGGACACACUGGAGUGGUUCACAGACACAGAAACAGGAACUGGUGCGCAUAUGUGGUGCACAAAAGAGUGAGCUGCGCCGUGCAGGGGGGUGUGGAGAGCUUCCAGGAACCCGUGGUGGCCCCCUGCCCAGCCUACCAGCCCGACUGCCAGCAGCAAGUGACAUACCAUACUCAGUUUCGACCCACAUACAAGAUUGACUAUAAGUCAGUCACCGAGUUAGAAUGGAGAUGCUGUCCCAGCUAUGAAGGUCCAGACUGUAAAGAUUUAAAACCAUCCCAAGAUCAACAAACAGUGCAGGGAACACAACCUUACAUCCCACCAAAUCCUGGACAGUCAACUAGACACACACAGAGGCCCGAGCGGAGAGAGACAGGACACCAUGAGACAAGAAAUGGUGAGACAGAUAAGGUGCGUCUUCUGGAAGGUGAAGUUCAGCGCCUCUCUCAGACAGUCGUGGAUCUACAAUCUGCUUUGGCAGGAUUAACUGCCAACCUCCAUACUAACCUGCAGGAAGACACAAAGAAGAUGCUGGUGACACUUCUUAACAACAUGCGUCCACCAGACGGUGUUAUGUCCGCAGGCACAGAGCAGAGCCCAGUAGUGCUGGAUGGUCAUCAGGCUGUCAGAGGUGGGACUGCUGGAGACAAGGCAAUAGAAAAAAUAGUAGCCCGGUUGGAUGAUAUCAACAAUGCACUUAAAAGUAAGGAUGAAGCUUUGGAAGACCUAAGAGGAACCAUGACAAGUCACGAGGGACAGAUACGUGUCCUGAUGGAUGCCUCUCAGUCUCAGACUCCAGCCAUUGCAGAGUUUGAUGUUAUACAAACGUACAUUGAUGGAAAAUUUGAGAAGCUAAAGAAAGAUUUAGAUCAGAAUGUGGAGGAACAGAUGACCAAACUACUAAGCUUCUGCAAUGACAAGAUCCAGAACUUGCAGAAGACCUGUGAAGACAGCCGUGACCAAGGUUUGGUCAGCCUGUCUAAGCUGGUGGACAUCAAGGAGGCUGACCUGAGAAAGGAAAUCCGGGCACUACAUCUACACAUGACCGCUGCAGAUGGACCUGUACAAACUCAAAGGCAGACAGCUCCAUCCAAAGAAGAAGAGGAUCACAGUGACCAGAAAGAUCUAUGGCGUGAAAUUGAUCGUAUUGCAGAGGCUCACCGCGUCCUGAAUGCUCGCAUUGACAAUGAACUGGCACACCUGUCCGCUCCUCAGGAAGACAGUGAUUUCAGACUCCUGGCUGAGGAGAUAGAGGCACGUAUAAAUAUCACAGAACAAAAUGCAGAAACGCACUGUUUCUACAUUGAAGAUAAGCUGACUCGUACAAUUUCAGAAGAAGUGUCAAAGCUCCGGCAGCUUCUGGAUGAGCGUCUUAAUAGUAUGGAGGACCAGUUUACGAACAUGCUAAUGGAAAUGAGCAACAAAUCUUUCCCAGGGAUGUUUGGUGACUCCAUGGAUACCAUCCAGGCAGAAGUAAACAACAAUAAGUUCCUCCUCCAAGGUUUGGAUGAUAAGGUCAGUGCUGUUGGAGAGUUGUGCUCUGGAUGUUCAGGCUCAGGAAUUACUGCAGGUUCUGUGAGUUCUUUGUCCACACCUAAAGUUGUAGAAGACAUUCUGAAGGACCUGAGUCAGUAUAGAAAUGACUUGGACGUUCUUUACAGAGAUGUUGGGGCCAACACAGAUAAGGUCAAGCAACUGCAGGACCAUGUUAAAAGGCAAACAGUUGGAGUUGAGAGACAUGGAAAGACAAUGGACGACUUCCAGAAAAGAUUGAUUCAUUUUCAAGAUAAUGUGCUUGGUGUGGCUGGUGCUGUUACUGGAUUAAGUGACUCUUUGAGCAAAUACAGCCAAGAUAUGUACAAAAUAAAUUCAUCAUGCUGCUUUGCAGAGCAGAGUGGCACUGGGAGUCCAGCACGGGACAAGUGGGAGUCAGUAAUUGAAUUACCUGUUAGUGAGGGUGAUGACACCAGGGGCCACAUGGAGGAACUGAAGAACAGGCUGGAUACCCUCAGUAAACAGGUGUCAUCUGAACUGAGUCAGUGUCAACAGAACACCCAGGGUGUUUCUGAUGGCAUUUCUGCUGUGGAUGGACGAGUGACCAGACUUGAAAAGGUGUGUGGAAGGUUAGAUGGGAUUUCAACUAACAUCAGAGAACUGAAAGAUGGACUGGACAGACAUAUCGGUGUUCUGCAUGACUGUAUGUCCAGGAUGAAUAUUACCUUUGGAAAUUAUGGUGCAGACAUCAUCACACUACAGAAUUCCUUGCAGAGGCUGCAGGCACAGGUGUCUGCGAUGCCCAAGCAUGUUUUGAAAGACAUUACUGCCAAGGAGCCAGGAAUGACCUUAAGACCGGAGAGACCUGCUCCUUUGCCAGAUUCGACUCAGACCAGAACCAGAAUAAAACAAAUCCACAUCCCUCUCAUCAUCCCACCGCCGCCAACCAACCCCAGGCAGCCCAGCAUGCACACAGUCAAGAUCAGCCCGCCAAGUCAGCGGCCCAGCCCCAAGGUGGAGACGGUGGAGACGGGCGAGGCAGGACCGCCAGGGUACAUCCGCAGGGUAACUGUACGGAGAGGCUCUGAGGACUCGUCUAGUGUGCCUGUCAAAGGGUUUGCUGGAGCACCAGGCUAUCCUCCUCUGCAGCCUGUGUCUUUCAAACCUCAGGCAACCACCCGUCAAGUUCCCAUAGCAGCAAAAGUGCCAUGGAACCUGAUGUAUCAAGCUCCACUUGAUUCACCAGUUUCAGUCGACAACAGCGCCUUUGCAGAUCCCUUCUGCUUCUCCGCUGGCCUCACGCAGCAGCCCUUCUCUGGAGACUUUGGCAUCAUCCGCUUCAACAGGGUCCUAGUCAACGAUGGUGGACACUACAAUCCUCACACAGGGAUCUUUACAGUGCCACUAGAUGGCCGGUACCUGAUUUCAGGCCUGCUGACUGCAAAGCAGGGUGACCGUGUAGAGGCUGUCCUGUCCGUGUCUAACCGCAGCAUCCAGAGGUUGCAGAGCUCAGCUGCGCCUGGAGCUAGUCAACAUGGGGGCUCAGCUGGUGGUAACUGUGGCUGUGAAGGCUCGGUGUCCUUCAGUCUAAUCCUGUCCUUGAAGAAAGGAGACCGUGUGGGCCUGGUGAGGACUGGAGGCCAGCUGGCCACCACUGAGGCCAGGGAGAUCCUCUCCACCUACAGCGCCAUCUUCCUGUAUGCACCACAGGCAGAAAGAUAGCUGGAGCUCAGCUGGGCAGGAAUAGCAAGGACUAGUUUGUUCCCAGGAAGCUAGACCAGUGGAAAAGUUGAAAAAACCAGUUUUCACUGACCUGCUGUGAAGCAGCUACUUCACUGCACAGUCCCGUUGGGGGAAGAUUCUCCGCUAUAAACUCAGUUAAGAAUUAAUUGUAAUUUGUAAGUCACUGGCUAAAGCUCACCGAAUACAGGCAGCAGUAUUUGUUUCUAACAGAUUAUCAAAAUGCUUUUUUGUACCUAUUGUGAAUGUCUUGUGUAAAAAAUGUUUAUAAAUUAACAUUAAAAUAAAAACUACAUGAACUUUAAACAAAAACCAUCUCAGAGACUAUGGUCUACAAAUCAGUGGAAUAUAGGCUAUUGUUAGGUAAUAAACCUUGAUAAAUGACCUUAAGCUUGAGCUCACAUCACCUUACUGUGUAAUCUACACUGUAGAAGAUUACAACUGUGAUUAAUAAACAGAAAGACAGUGAAGUGGAAUUAGCAGCGACAACCUUAGAACUGCACUGAUAAAAGCCAGGUCAGAAGGCAAAAACUCCAGUGAUUACAAUUGGCUAAGUCAAGAGGUUGUGGAUGAAAAAUACAUUUUCCCUCUUCGCAUCCUACAAGAAUACUUCAAAAGCAGAACCAGGGAGUACAAAUGUUAACUUGGCUGAGCUUCUGUUGACCUUUAAUUAAAAAGAAAAACACUUUAAUUUCAUUUACAGUAUAAUAAAUAUAAAAAAAAAAAAAAUCCCGAUUCACAUUUUUAAAAAUCUUUCAUAUUUGUGUUUGGAACGACCUGGGGCAUUUAAACUGCAAGAACACUAUUAAUGCAUCUUAAAACCAUAACCAACUGGAUAAAGUUAGAAGCUUGAGGUCACUGUUGGACUUUAACACUCAGACUGGAGACAGGAAAUGUGUAGCACACAGUUGUAUUCAUUUAAACUUUUAUUUAAUACAAAUAUGACCAGAAGCCACACUUUGUUAGCUUUAUUAGGUCUAUUUUUUUUUCUUACAAUGGAAUUUGUUCAUUAAACAGCAUACACUUAAGGUAUUUCUGUUGGUCAGACAAUUAAGUAGACUUCAUAAGAAAUAAAACAAGAAGGCGUCAGAAGACGAGAGAAUGUGAUGAUCAGCAUAUACACUGGAUCAUUUUCCGCAGCAGUUAAGUGCAUACAAACAUAUACCACGUAUCCUAGGGUCAGAGAGAAUGAAGUGUGAUUCUUCCACACAAGAUGUUUAACUUUCACAGAAAGAACGGAAUUCUUUUUGUUAAUUAUAAGGUAUAUCUGACUUCAAACAUCAUACAGAACAAGCAAACAAAUCUAAGCAAAACAUGCAUCUUAAUCGUCACAAAAACAUCGGAGCUAGAUUGAAUGUGGAAACACUUCAGCAAAAUGACGGCUAAUAUCUGUAUAUACUGUCAACUGUGCUUUCCCCUCCCAAUUAAAUGCAUUUCUCUGUCAUGUCUUGCUCCUAUGUGAUUUGUAAUCCUUACUAGGGUAUUACUGUCACACUUGUGCUGGAGGGAUGAUCCACGUCAGUUAAGUGUCGCAUCGUUUCCUAAUUCACACAUAAUGCCAAUUGAAGCGCUUCAAAAAGCUUCCUCUAUGGAGUCAAGUAUUUCCUGGUUAUCUAUGAACAAAAGCAACUGGCUCUUCUUCUGUUCAGAGGCACAUAAUCAGUCUUUUCUCUCUCUCUCUCUCUCUCUCUCUCUCACACACACACACACACACACACACACA